GAAAAACUCUAACAAUUAAACCCUCACUUUACUCUCCUCACUCCUCAGGCCACAACUCGCCGCUUUCUUCGUCUGCUUACUCCGUAUUCAAACAAGGUUCGGCUACCCAUUUCUCAUUUUCUCUCUCCUCCAAAUCAUCUACCACUUUCAGUUGUUUACCAUUUUUGUCUGUCAAAACUUUCGAUAAAUUUUCAGCUUACUAGAACUUCAUCAAUGUCGACUUUGAGAGCAAUCGGUGGGAAAUGCAGAGCUCUUUUGGCGGCAGCGAAGACCUCCACUAUCGACUCCUCCGCCACCAAGACUGCUAAACGAUCGAAGAAGCCUGCUGCUUCUGAUAGCGGUGCUCCUAAGGGUAUUUUGAAGCCCGUUCCUGUCUCUCCUACUCUCAGAGACUUCAUCGGCGCUCCCGAAGCUCCUAGAACUGAAGUUGUCAAGAAGGUUUGGGCGUACAUCAAGCUUCAUGAUCUCCAGAAUCCUGAGAAUAAGAGGGAGAUCAUAUGCGACGAGAAGCUGAAGGCAUUGUUUAGCGGAAAGGAUAGAGUCGGUUUCCUGGAGAUUGCAAAGUUGCUGUCGGUGCACUUUGUAAAGACUGCCUGAUCACUUGACCAUGUUUGGAUAAACACCAGCUAGCUAAAUGGUGGAAUAUGCUAGGUUUUUUUUUAAUUUUUUUUUAAUUUUUAGUUUUAGGGGGUUGAUAUUUUGGAACUCGAAGAUUAUGUAUGUUUUUUGUGCAUUGGUUUAGAUGUCGAGUUCAAUGUAAUGAAUUGACUCUUUUUUACUAUGCAAUUAAAUCCUAAUGGCUUAUCUUCUGGA